ACAUAAAACGACGCAUUGAGGUGAGGAGGAGGAGGGGAGAGAAAGAUGCCACCGCCGUCUGUUGGGAAGGCUGGAUCGAAACCAUCAGUGAGACUAUAUAAAGGUCUGAACGGACGACCCUCACCAGACCGUCAUCAGAUGCGCGUGCAUCAUCCGUCUUGGAUUAGUCAGUGUUUUCUGUGAGCAGGGACGCAAACAGCGGGAGCAGCCAUGUCUCAUGGAUGGGGAUAUGGACCGGAUAACGGACCUGACAAGUGGGCAGAAAAUUACCCUGUGGCUAAUGGGCCCAGACAGUCUCCCAUCAACAUCGUCCCCAAAGAGGCCCAGUAUGACCCGUCACUGAAAGCGCUGAAGUUCAAGUACGACCCGUCCAACGCCAAAGGCAUCCUCAACAACGGCCACUCCUUCCAGGUGGACUUUGUGGACGACACCGACAGCUCCACCCUGACUGGAGGUCCCAUUUCUGGAACGUACCGUCUGAGGCAGUUUCAUUUCCACUGGGGAGGCGGUGACGACAGAGGCUCUGAGCACACCGUCAAUGGCAUCAAGUUCCCGUGUGAGCUUCACCUGGUGCACUGGAACACCAAAUAUCCCAGCUUUGGAGAGGCUGCUGAUAAGCCUGAUGGGCUCGCUGUGGUCGGGGUCUUCCUCAAGAUCGGUGCUGCGAACCCCCGACUUCAGAAAGUUCUGGAUGCCCUGGAUGCCAUUAAGACUAAGGGAAAGCAGACCACUUUUGCUAACUUUGAUUCCAAGACUCUUCUUCCUGGCUGUCUGGAUUAUUGGACCUAUGAGGGUUCCUUGACCACCCCACCCCUCCUGGAGAGUGUCACCUGGAUUGUUCUGAAGGAGCCAAUAAGCGUCAGCCCUGCACAGAUGGCCAAGUUUCGAAGUCUCCUCUUCACCGGAGAAGAAGAGACUCCAUGCUGCAUGGUGGACAACUACCGGCCUGCUCAGCUCCUCAAAGGUCGUCAGGUCCGUGCGUCCUUCAAAUAAACCACCUUCGUCUUCUCAGCUUCAUCAUCCGUUGACUGACCACUUCCUGUGUUGAACAUUGUUAUCCACAGUCUUCUUCUUUUUUGUUGUCUAAUUUUAGCCUUGUUAGAGAGCAGCUACUAACAUUUUUCUUCUUUUUUUUUGGGCUUGGUUUUCUAAUCUGUGCUCAUUGUCACCUAAAUCUUUCCUAAAUCCAACCUUUUAACAGAGAGAAUUAGCAGAGAGAAAAUUAGUUUAGACCCAGUACUUGUCUACGCAACACUGGGAGCCACAGAUGCUCUUAAAGAACUUUGCUAAAACCCCUGAUCGUUUGUAGGUUUGUCUGUUGGUAAAACCCCAUAAAUCUUUUCUCUGUUUUUAUUCCCUCCAUUUUGGAUGUAAAUGUGUUGAAGCCAACAUGGAUUCAUGCAGCAGUGUUUAUCAGCGUCUGUGGAUUUUUAAAGUAAAACCAGAGCAGCUCAUCACCUCAGUGCAUUAAAGGCAGAACUACAGAGCACAACUAAUCCUUGUCUUUAUUACUAGGAUUAGGAUUUAUUAUUCAGUAGAACUAAAGACCAGAGCUUCUUAACUUUCUAGUUUUUAUGAGAAAUGUAAAUCUUUCAGGGUGUGAAACAAAUGAAGCCGUCUCUCAUCCCUGCUGUGAUGCUACAUUAUUGACGUCAAUGGAAAAAAAUGUGUUAAUAAAAUCUCUUAUCUUA